AUGAGCAAAGUUGCUGUCAUUGGGUUAGGUUAUGUUGGCAUAGACAGAACUUUAGAAGUAAGUAAUGAUUAUUUAAAAAGUGUUUUAACAACCAAAACCGAACUCGCUAGUUUUACAUGCAGCACUAAUUUAGAAGAUAUAAAAGAUUGCAACUUCUAUAUUGUAGCAGUUCCAACUCCCACUGAUAAAAAUAACAGACCAGAUUUAACAGCUUUAUUCAAAGCUAGUGAAAAUGUUGGCAAAGUUUUAAAAAAAAAUGAUAUUGUUAUUUACGAAUCAACAGUAUAUCCAGGUGUUACAGAAGACAAGUGCGUUCCGAUUCUAGAAAAGGUUUCUGGAUUAAAAUUUAAUGUCGAUUUUUUUGCAGGAUAUUCGCCCGAAAGAAUUAAUCCUGGCGAUAAAGAACACACAGUUACCAAAAUAAUAAAAGUAACAUCAGGUUCAAAUGCAGAAGUGGCUGAAAAAGUUGAUCAACUUUACAAAACUAUAAUUGUUGCUGGAACAUUUAAAGCAACAAGCAUAAAAGUAGCAGAAGCAGCAAAAGCAAUUGAAAACUCUCAACGAGAUAUUAAUAUAGCUUUUGUAAAUGAAUUAGCAAAAAUUUGUAAUUUGAUAGGGAUUGACACAAAUGAAGUGCUUGAAGCUGCUAGUACAAAAUGGAACUUCCUCAAAUUCAAGCCAGGUUUAGUUGGUGGACAUUGUAUUGGCGUUGAUCCAUACUAUUUAGCACAAAAGGCUCAAGAAUUAGGUUAUCAUCCAGAAAUUAUUUUAGCUGGAAGACGCUUAAACGAUGAAAUGGGUAAAUAUAUUGUCACAGAAACCGUCAAACUAAUGAUAAAAAAGGACGUCAAAGUGAAAGGUGCCAAUAUUUUGGUUUUAGGCUUUACGUUUAAAGAAGAUUGUCCUGAUGUAAGAAACACGAAAAUAAUAAACAUAGUUACUGAAUUAAAUACCUAUGAAACAAAAACUUUAGUUGUUGACCCUUGGGCAAGUCAAGAGGAAGUAAGACAAGUGUAUAGUAUUGAAGCUUUAAAAGAAAUCCCUGCAAAUAAAAAGUUUGAUGUAGUUAUAUUAGCUGUAGGACAUAAAGAGUUUUUAAAACUAAACAUUCGAGAAUACUUAAAUGUCAAUAAUGUGGUUUAUGACGUUAAAGGACUCCUUGAUAAAAAGUUAGUUGAUGCAAGAUUAUAG